GUCCACAGACGCAGCUGUGAAGGAGGCGGGGCUUCCGUGACGUAGCAGGAAGUGCUUGACACGCGUGCUGCUGCUGCUGUGAGAGUUUAACGCGAAGGUCAUCAUCAUCAUCAUCAUCAUCCAUAAAGGCCUCCUACCUGUCUGCUGUGAUCAGGUGUGCAGAUGAUGAUGUCAUCAGCCGACGACCAGCUGUGUCUGAACAUCUGCAGCAACUCUUCCUCCUCCUCUUCCUCCAGGAGGAAGCCUCUGACUGCUCAGCAGAGAUGGGCCAGAAAGAAACAGACGGCAGAGAAGAGGAGGAUCGACUCCUCGGAGGAGGAGAAGAAGAAGAAGAGAGGCUCCUCCAAUCAGAGGCUGGAUGACUCAGAGGAGGAGGAGCAGGAGGAGGAGCAGGAGGACACUCAGCCUGAUGAUGACGACCACAGGACACCACCGAAGAAGAAGAAGAAGAAGGACACAGGGAAGGACGCAGUGAAGGAAACGAGGAGCAUCCAGACUUCCUCUCUGUUCAAACACAACCCAGAAAUCCUAGAGAUACUCAGACCAGUUGUCUCCCAGUUAAAGGAGAAGAUUUUCACCAGUGACUCAUUUUCAGACAUGGACCUUCAUCCACACCUGGUGGCGACACUGAACAAAGUCCUGAAUGUUUCCACGGUGACCAGUGUUCAGAAACAGACUAUUCCAGUUCUUCUGUCGGGGCGAGAUGCUGUGGUUCGUUCUCAGACUGGUUCAGGUAAGACCCUGUCCUACGCGGUCCCCGUGGUCCAGAGUCUGCAGGCGGUCCAGCAGAAGGUCAGCCGGUCUGAUGGUCCUCUGGCCGUCGUCAUCGUCCCCACCAGAGAGCUGGCCCAGCAGACGUUCCAGAUUUUCCAGAAGCUCCUGAAGCCGUUCACCUGGAUCGUCCCUGGAGUCCUGAUGGGAGGAGAGAAGAGGAAGUCAGAGAAGGCCAGGCUUCGUAAAGGAAUCAACAUCCUGGUGUCGACUCCUGGACGUCUGGUGGAUCACAUCAAAAACACGCUGAGCAUCGCCUUCAGCGGCGUCCGCUGGCUCAUCCUGGACGAGGCCGACCGGACGUUGGACAUGGGUUUUGAGAAGGAUCUGACCGUCAUCUUAAACAGUCUGAACUCUACUGGACCGAGCAGACAGAAUGUCCUGCUGUCAGCUACGUUAACUCACGGUGUGACUCGGUUAGCAGACGUUUGUCUUAACGACCCGGUCAACAUCCACGUCUCUGGCACCGCCUCCUCUGACCUCACCACCACCAGCUCUGCUGUGACCUCUGACCCCAGCACAGCCGGCCAAUCGGAGAGCUUUGCUCUGCCCGAGGCUUUGAAGCAGUACGUGGUGGUGGUUCCCAGUAAGAUCCGACUGGUCUGUCUGGCUGCUUUCAUACUGGACAAAUGCAAGUUUUCUCAGAACAACAAACUCAUCGUCUUCACUUCGAGCUGCGAGGCCGUCGAGUUCCUCCACGGACUCUUCAGCUCCGUCCUCUCCGGGCCCUCCACCAAUCAGAAGCCUCGGCUCAGCUUCCUGCGUCUCCAUGGCAACAUGAAGCAGGAGGAGCGCUCGGAGGUCUUCCAGAAGUUUUCAGUGUCUCAGAGUGGAGUUCUGCUGUGUACGGACGUGGCAGCCAGAGGUCUGGACCUUGCACAGGUCACCUGGAUCAUUCAGUACACUCCUCCAACGACGGCGGCGGAGUACGUUCAUCGAGUGGGUCGGACGGCUCGUAUUGGAGGAACAGGAAGCAGCCUCCUCUUCCUCACUCCUGCUGAGACCGCCUUCAUCACCGAGCUGGCCAAUCACAACAUCAGCCUGUCAGAGCUGAAGCUGCAGGACAUCCUGUCCAGUCUGAUGAUUGAUGACACCUACAAGGGGCGGGGCAGAUACCACAGCCAGACCUCCUCUAAGGCUCUGGAGCAGGAGACCAGAGAGCGGGCGACGGUUCUCCAGACGGAGUUUGAGAACUUUGUUCACUCUGACGUUGAGUCGGUUCAGAACGCUAAGAGAGCGCUGCAGUCCUUCCUGCGGGCGUACACCGCCUACCCCGCCCGCCUCAAACACAUCUUCCACAUCCGCUCGCUCCACCUGGGACACACGGCCAAGAGCUUCGGCCUGAGAGACGCUCCGCAGGGCCUCAAGGCCGCCGCGGGACCCGGGACCAGGACCCACAACAAGAACCACGACAAGAACCAGAACCACGACAAGAACCAGAACCACGACAAGGGGACCGGCAGCCAGACUGCUGGAGCAAAGAGGUUCUCCACCCGUCAGCUGCUGCACUCCGAGUUCUCCAGCGGGUUGGAAGACGCCAAGAAGAAGAAGAAGAAGAAGACGAAGAAGACGAAGACAUUUGGUCGGUCAGGAGAGGAGGAGGAGGAGGAGGAGUAGGAGGAGGAGGAGUCACACACUGACUGACUCCCUCCAUCAGGUAGCAGACACAGAUCAGCCAAUCAGAGUCCUUCUUCAGAAGACGAUCAGUGUUAAAGAACAAACGAUUACUCUUAAACAGGAAGUCGUCUCCAAUAGGUCCAGGUCCUCUGAUGCUGCUCUCUGAUUGGUCGACAGAAACAUUCAGAAACAGACGGUGUGUUCGAGGACAAUCUGAAGAACUGAAGAUGAGUUAUAGUUUGGUUGUUCAGAAUACUGUGAUGAAGAUGUUUGACUGAUAUUUAAAUAUGAAAACAUGUUUUUAUUAAUGUUUGAUGUCUUUGAUGAAAA